AAAGAGGAGAGAGAGGAGAGAGAGAGAGGAAAGAGGAAAGAGGAGAGAAGGAGAGGAGAGGAGAGGGAGAGGAGAGAGGAGGAGGAGAGGAGGAGGAAGAGGAGAGAGAGAGGAGAGGAUGCUAUUUGCAUUACUGUUACCUUCCAGCAGUCAUUUGUAUUCUAUAUGGAACAGCACUUAAUUUUCAACAGAUCAGACUUCUACAGAAGCAUGGAUACAGGAUAUUAA